AUGGACAACUCUGCCCAACAAUCAGAACCCAGUUCCUCAUUACCGAUUGACGACUCGGCAAUGCGUCCUCCAAGUCGAAAUGGCAGUCGUGAAUCCACCCCCCAUGAGAGGAGUUAUGCACACAGCACAGCAGAGCGGCCGUCUCCAUACCGAGUCCGCUUGUUUGUUCUAAGCGGCGCUUGGGGUCGUUUAUCCCGAGCAAGACGAGUCGUCGUCCUAUCGUCGAUAGUGAUUGUAAUAGCACAGCUCAUCAGCAUCAUCAUUGCAUUGGUCGAUCCCACGAGCGCUCUCUGUGAUAGGCCGCUGGACAUCUUUUUGAUAGUAUACCUCGUACGCUCAGUCGUCAAUCUCCCUUUGAUCCUCUAUCACCAUCUUCGUCCUCCACGAUCAGGAAAUCAAGAUACAGAAAAUGAUAAUGAACGACGAGUCGAAUGGACUGAUCGCUUGAAGUCAUUGUUCGAUAUUUUCGGCAUUGUGUGGUUCAUUAUCGGCAACUACUUUAUCUUCACCUCUGGUCAAUGUGCUCAAAGUUCACCCACUUUAUUCUACACAACACUCGUAUGGAUACUUUUGGGAUAUGGUCUCGUCGUCGUGCCACUCUUCCUUUGUAUUUCAGUCAUAUUCUGCCUCCCUUGUGUAUUAGUUUUGAUGCGUAUGCUACGUCUUGGAUAUGCAUCAGGUCUUGUAAGCGGUGCAAGUAAGGCCGAAGUGGAAGCUAUCCCUGUGUUCAGGUACACUGCAGCAGAUGGAGAAGGAGGCAACCAAACAAGCACAUCUUCACAACAACAACAACAACAGCCACAAAAGAAAACCAAGAAACGAGCAUCCUUCUUUCGAUACAUGCUUCGACGACCCAAUGAUCAAGAGAACAGUGAUGUGGUUUACGAUCCUAUUACUAUCACACCAGCCGAAGAUGCCGUUUGUUCCAUUUGCCUCUCUGAAUAUGAACAUGGUGACCUCGUUUGCAAAUUACGGUGUGGGCAUCAUUAUCACAGGGAUUGCGUACAUGAAUGGCUCUUGCUUAAUUCAAGCUGCCCUCUUUGCAAGCGUGAUUUCCGAAAAGAAGACUCUGUAGAUGACGCUGUAUAG